UAUAUUAUUGGAAAAGUUAUAAAUAAGAAUUUCCAUGGCUUCUAUAGAAGGUGGAUAAGGUUUCAGCUUGCAAAAUAACUACUCAAAGGCCCAUCUUACAGCGCUUAGACAUUUUGAUGAAGCGUUACACGGAGGAUGGCGACUUCAAAUGGAAACAAUUUGAAUAAGUUCAAGCCGAUUCUAUUUUUCAUAUUGCAUUUAAAUAUUAGUAUUCAGCGAAUCAGCGCAUCGUCAUUUCUCAUUAUCAAUGACUUGGCCAAUGUAAAUCGACCUUAUUUUGACGAUAUAAGCCCAAGAAAUAUUUCAGCGGUUGUCGAUGAAACAGCAAUCUUAAGAUGCCGGGUCAAAAAUAAAGGAAAUCGAACUGUUUCGUGGAUGCGUAAGCGAGAUCUUCACAUUUUAACAACGAACAUUUAUACGUACACUGGAGAUCAAAGGUUCUCUGUUAUACAUCCGCCAAAUAGUGACGACUGGGACUUGAAGAUUGAUUAUGUCCAAACUCGGGACAGUGGGAUAUAUGAGUGUCAAGUAAAUACUGAGCCUAAGAUCAAUUUGGCAAUUACUUUGGAAGUCACAGCUGAAUAUGAUAUGAGAAAUAGAAAUUCAGAUAAACUAUACUAUAACUCUAAAGCAGCUCGAGCGAAAAUUUUGGGCUCGACAGAAAUACAUGUGAAACGAGAUAGUACCAUUGCGCUGGCAUGUUCCGUCAAUGUACAUGCAUCAUCUGUAUUGUGGUAUCAUGGCUCAGCGAUUGUCGACUUUGAUUCGUUGCGCGGCGGAAUUAGCUUGGAAACCGAAAAAACUGAUGCAGGUACAACGAGCCGCCUAAUGUUGACGCGGGCUUCGCUAAGAGAUUCCGGAAACUAUACGUGUGUACCCAAUGCAGCCAUACCGGCUUCUGUUCGGGUUCACGUUUUGACUGGUGAGCAACCAGCAGCAAUGCAGACGAGUGUUGCGAGCGUCUUAAAUGCUUCCACUGCAAUCAUAAUUACGUAUUUCAUCAUAUCAGAAGAAUUGUUGUUGAACAUGUUAAACAUUCUCUUCAUACAUCGAAGUCAAAGAUGACUAACUUACUAUAUUUAGACAUAA